CACCCAGCAUUUAAACGCUGGCGUUUUUGAGAACAUUUCAGCUUGAAAUCGACAUGCAUGGCUAAAAUUGGACACGAUAAUGUGUUGCUGGUGCAUUUUUCACAGUGCCGUUUAGCUGCGAUGUGGUUUAACAUGAGCCACCGCUAACAACAUUACAGCCUGUAACGGGAGCGUUAGCUGCAAACAAAUGAAACCGUGUCUGCGUAAAGCUGCUGCGGGGCCCCGAGUCGACUAUAAGCCAGCUGCAGGAACCGAAAGUUGAAGAAAGCUCGCAGUGAGAGGUCUGCAGGGUGAGAACGCAGCAUUGAGCUCCAGGCUGCAGCUGGGUUUAUAUCAGAUGGAGGACAAAUUCACGGCUGUCAUCCAGUGAGCUGAUUGUGAAAAUUCAGCUGCUAUGCCUUCUGUCAGUCCCAUGCUUCUGUAAACUAGUAGCCAUGGCUUCUCGCAAGGUAGAUGAGCUCCCGAGUGACUCGAAAAAUUUGGCUGGAGUCUCUGGACAGCCAUCACGAUGCGGCCCUGAUGACAUCACGGAAGAGGUCCACUCGGAUACGAUGACCAAUGUGAAACCUCAGAAAUCUGGAAAGUUUAGGAGGACCGCGCUGACAUUUUUUGGAGUUCGCAAAGGCAUCUGUAUUUUACCAAGUUUGUUUGGAGGCAGGAAUAAAAAUCUCAACAAAUGGUCUUCAAAGAAAGGAAUCUGCAAAAGCAGAACACAUGAUGGGCUAAGUAAAGUUAGUCAUGAUGACAAUCUGAGAAGUGACUACACUUCAGCUGGAGAUUUUGAGUACCACGGCCAGAGGGACUUGACUGGAGAGCUCCACAGCAGCUGUCACAAUGAAUGUAGUCACCCCGCAGCUGAACAGAAAUCACUGACCCUCACCCGGCAGAAAAGGGGUUUGAGGAGUCUUUUCAACAGUUUUAAACAUCACAGAAACCACAGAAAUGUUGGCUCUGAGAAAACGGAAAUGAUUCCAAUGUCCUCUGCUCAAUGCAAGAAAGAGACGCCUGUUGUCCAGGAUAACACCAACCAGUUUGUCACAGAGUGCCUGGGAUCUGAACCUGAUGUGCCUGAUUUUGAGAAUGUCAUAUGUGAUAUUUCCAUUGGUCCUGAAUGUAUCGAUGUUGAAGUAACUGCUUUAGAGAAGAGCGUGGAGCAAGAGAGCCCAAAGUCCGAGCUUGACGAUCAGAUAUGUGAUGAUCAGAUGGAGGAGAUGAAUUUGAUGGCUGUAGUUUCCAGCGAAUACAAGGAGAGUUCCAGAGGACGCAGCGAGCCCUGUCUGAAACUCGAGAUGACGCCCGAGCCUGUACUGAAGAGUGAAACACCUGCUGGCUCAUCCGAUCAGCUCAACCUGAUUUUCGGAGAAGUCGCAUCAUUAAAGAGCUUCGAUUCGCUCACUGGCUGCGGGGACAUAAUCGCAGAUCAAGAAGACGACAGCAUCUCAGAGAGCACGGUCUCUGGAGAAAGGAGCCGAAAUGGAGGAAAGAGGGCCUCCUGCUAUCUCACCUAUCAGGGUGGCGGUGAAGAAAUGGCCUCGCCCGAAGAUUUGGAUGAGGAGUGUCUUCAGGAAUUCUGGGGUAAUAACACGUCAGAGGAAAUCUGUUGCUCUUGCAACCAAGACCACACAGAUUUGACUGCCGACCUGACAAGUUCUCACAAUAUGGACUUACUGAACAGUAACAGUGUACAGCAAGCCAGUGGCAUGGACACUUCUUCAAUUGCUGAUGUGUUAACUCCUCAGAGUGAGCAUCAAGAGUCAGUUCCAAAUAGUGAUGAAGGCUACUAUGAUUCAACUACUCCAGGUCCAGACGAAGGACAAGAAAAAACAGACCGACUAAGGACAGACAGAUUACCCAGGGACAGUUACAGCGGUGAUGCCCUCUAUGAACUUUUUGCACCUGAUGAAAGUCUUAUCAGUCCACAUUAUGAAAACAAAUCUAAGCUGCCCACUUCCAAACAGAGCGAGUACGUAAGCGAGCCAGAAGAAGAUGCGACCGAUUCUGCCUUUGCUCCAGAGAUUAACCGAUUACAAAUAAGCGCCGAACUGUAUAAAGUUAACGACUUUCUAGAGAUGCCGAGCAUGUGCAGUAAAUCCUCAGAGCUGGCACGAAACCCGGUGGGUCUGCAGGAAGUAGGCUUGAAGAAAAACUGUAAUUUGAAUUCAAAGCCACAAGCGUCAGUCAACAAGAAUAAUAUUGAGCCAGAUGUAUUCGAUGAGAAUGGAGACAUGCUUGCUUCCUCUGAAAAAAGAACAAAAUCCAUAAAUGCUGACUGUGAGAAAAGGCACAGCAGCGUAUCAUUCGGAAGCACGUCCGACCCAGAUUUUGAAACAUUCUGUGAACCCAAAGAGCAGCAUCUUGAGGAAAACAAGCCUGUGGCAUUGCCGUAUAAAAAUAUCAAUUCUCAGUCUCCAGAUUGUAACAAUGAUUUGGACGAUGGGCAAGCUGUAUGUUUCUCCCAAGCACUCGUGGACUACACAAAACACUCCGAGAUGCUGAGCAACUUGCACAACAGUGUGGACGGUUUAGAGACAAACUCUGCUUUCACUCCAAAUAUGCAGGCCUUACCUACCAUUGUCACAUUCGAUGUAGUGGACAUGCAUAAUGAGGGCGAAUACGAUGAGCAGAUUCACAUGGAACUGGAGGAGGACAUCUCAUCGCCCUAUCAGGAAUUUGAAGAAAGCUACCUACAAAAAGAUGCAUUUGCUGAAUGUGACUAUCAAAUGUUAGACCUGUAUGAACAGAACCUGAUCAGUAACACAUGGGCAAUAGCUAGUCUGCCACGGCACCUGGGCCUUACAAGAGUCAGCCAGUCCAUGCCUAAUCCAUUGUCUCUAGACAGGAGAAGUAGGUCUCUGGAUACAGAAAGCCUUGAAUUAAAGAUGCCUGAUGCAUACAGAGAGAACAGAGCUGCUAUAGUUUCUUGUCCUCAAACUGAGAAGGACACUGAAAGAGAUUCCUCACCAUAUUACAAAAAGAAUGUACUCAUGUCCGCAUCAGAGGUUAGAGACAGUAGCAGCAUUAUGGCCUUUGCCUGGCAAAACAGGUCUGAAAUGGCUCUAAGCCUUCCUUUGACAGAUGGGGAAAUCACUGAAAAAGUCCAGAGUCUCAGUCAAACCCAAGUAAAACACAAAAUAUUUUCCAAUUCCUCCAGCAGUGAUUUCCCCAGCAGUAAAUCGCAGCGUCUUUGCUCAAACGCGUUGGACAGAGUGUCCUGCGAUUUAAUCUCACAAAACACAGAGCUUUACAAUAGACAGCGUCACCUUCCUUUGCAAUCAGACUCUUGUUUACCUCAUAGCACCUUUGUUUAUUCCGAAAUGAUGGGGGAGGUAUUGCAUGAUGCCGGCGAGGAGAUGUUUUGUAAAGCUGCCUCUGAUUUGCAAUCCUAUAAUCAGUGCGGUAAAAGCAGACAAGUGGCCGAUAGGGAGGGAAUAUCUCGUACUGGAAGUCCUCUGAACGCAGGUGUGCCUAAAGAUGAAACGCCCAGGGAGGUGAUGUGCCCCGUGGCCUGCAACAAACCAGAGACAGCCUUCGAUUGAAAGGCUCUCAAUCAUACAGUCAGCAGUCACAUAUGCCAGUGAGUGCUUUUUACUUUACAUCCAAGGAGAGUAAUUGUUGCGUAUUUUUUUUUACUUGAACAAGCGAUUCCUUUUAAACAUUGUUGUACAUUGUGGUAGACAGGACAUUCAUUUAAAUUAUGCUGAAACGGAGUGAAGUCUGUGCCGUCAUGCUGAGUCGAGUACAAACGCUGUCUUACCGGGAAGUCAAAAGGGAUUUUCUGCAUUUGCACAGUCAGCAGCUGCUUGCUUCACACACGUCAAACACAUGUAAGUCCGCUGCAAGUGUUUAAGCGAAAAAUGAAUGUUUUAUUUGCAUUUGAAACAAUGCUCACAGAUUCAUCUCAUUAAGCUAUUGAUUUUUUUUACUGAAAUGUUCAUACCCAUAUGUAGCCUCAGUGCCCAGGUUUCAUUAGUAAUGCUAUGGCUCAUCAACCUGGUCUCCACAGCACAGCUAAACAAGGCUAGCCAAGUCUUGCUUAUGUUGCCAGUUGCCUCUAAAAUGUGUGCUAUUGCUUUAAGUGCUGAGUUAUGUUUGUGUUUGCUGCAUUUUCACAGUCUCUCUUUGCUCCAGUAAGGCUUAAGUUGGCCUGUCACAAUGCUUAGAUUUAGUCUCUCAAGCUGUUUUCUUGGUUUACCUCAUUUUAGGAUGAAUUGCAAAACAAGAGAAGAGUUUGUAGUUUUUAAUAAAAUAAACAAAAAAAUAAAAUCAUUGUUUAAAUAUUUCAAUCCACAAUAUAAUCAGUGUCUCCUUUAUUACAGGGUAUAUUUAACAGAAGCAGGUAUAGAAAAUAUGCAGAUGGACUGAUAGUUGUUGCAUCUUAACUUCAGCUGCCAUUUCUUUUACAUGUAGACAGCUAUGCCUUGCAAAGCGGCUUUGUUUGUACAGCACAUUUCACACGCUGCUACACUGUGUAUGAAAGUGCUUUACAAAAAAAGAAUAAAGAGAGGAAAAUAUCAAUAAAAAAUGGUAGAAAUGCAAAAAAAAAAAAGCUAGUAGCAUCUAAUAAUCUGUAACUUGGUGUGUUUGCUUCUGACCUGACAAACCAAUUUGGCCUUACUGUGGAAAAACGAUUGUCGUUUUGCCAUCAGCUCGACCACGUGUGCAGUGCAAAACUCUUAUUGAAGUGAUUUACUCCAUUAUUGAAUAACUGCAAGCUUGUGGGGAAGAAAAAAAAGUAUUUGGAAAAGUAGUUUGAACUUGAUUGAAAUGUGUCAAAAGAUGAACUGGUAUUUUCACCGUGUAUCACCUUGUAUUAUUUUCUUGUGAAUUUAAUGUUUUAUUGGUCAGAUGAUGUAGUUUUUUAUAGUGUAAUAUUGAACACAUGUCAAAGAAUUUGUAUUUAUAUUCUCAGCUAUUUGUACACUGUAACACUGUAUUCAAAAUGGUUAUUAUAAAUUGGCAAUAUGUUUUUUUGUUUUGGAUUUUUUUUGAUUGUGUCAAAAAUUACAUCUGUUACAUUAGGGGAUUCCUCUGGAAAAUCCGUAAUCGUUUUGUCAAAGUGGAACACUGCCUCACACUACAAUAAACACGACAAGACAUCAUGA